AUGUCUCGCCAGUCGAGCGUGUCCUUCCGGAGCGGUGGCGGCCGUAGCUUCAGCACCGCCUCUGCCAUCACCCCGUCUGUCUCCCGCACCAGUUUCACCUCUGUGUCCCGGUCCGGGGGUGGAGGUGGUGGCUAUGGCAGGGUCGGCCUUGGGGGUGUUUGCGGCGCGGGUGGCUAUGGCAGCCGGAGCCUCUACAACCUGGGGGGCUCCAAGAGGAUCUCCAUUGGCAGUAGCGGCGGUGGCUUCAGGAACCGAGUUUGUGCCACCGGUGCUGGAGGCAGCUAUGGCUUUGGAGGUGGAACCGGGAGUGGAUUUGGUUUUGGCGGUGGAGUUGGUGGUGGCUUUGGGCUCGGUGGUGGAGUUAGCUUUGGAGGUGGCUAUGGGGGCCCUGGCUUCCCCGUCUGUCCCCCUGGAGGCAUCCAAGAGGUCACCAUCAACCAGAGUCUCCUGACUCCCCUCAACCUGCAAAUUGACCCCACCAUCCAGCGAGUCAAGACUGAGGAGCGGGAACAGAUCAAGACCCUCAACAACAGGUUCGCCUCCUUCAUCGACAAGGUGCGGUUCCUGGAACAGCAGAACAAGGUCCUGGACACCAAGUGGACCCUGCUGCAGGAGCAGGGCACCAAGACCGUGAGGCAGAACCUGGAGCCUCUGUUUGAGCAGUACAUCAACAAUCUCAGGAGACAGCUGGAUGGUAUCCUGGGGGAGAGAGGUCGCCUGGACUCAGAGCUGAGGAACAUGCAGGACUUGGUGGAGGACUUCAAGAACAAGUAUGAAGAUGAAAUCAACAAGCGUACCACCGCCGAGAAUGAGUUUGUGAUGCUGAAGAAGGAUGUGGACGCCGCCUACAUGAACAAGGUGGAGCUAGAGGCCAAGGUCGAUGCACUCAUGGACGAGAUCAACUUCUUGAAGAUGUUCUUUGAGGCGGAGCUGUCCCAGAUACAGACGCACAUCUCAGACACGUCCGUGGUCCUGUCCAUGGACAACAACCGCUGCCUGGACCUGGACAGCAUCAUCGCCGAGGUCAAGGCCCAGUACGAGGAGAUCGCCAACCGCAGCCGCACGGAAGCCGAGUCCUGGUACCAGACCAAGUACGAGGAGCUGCAGCAGACUGCGGGCCGGCACGGCGACGAUCUCCGCAACACCAAGCAUGAGAUCUCUGAGAUGAACAGGAUGAUCCAGAGGCUGAGAUCCGAUAUCGACAACGUCAAGAAGCAGUGUGCCAACCUGCAGAACGCCAUCGCCGAUGCUGAGCAGCGUGGGGAGCUGGCCCUCAAGGACGCCAAGAACAAGCUGACCGAGCUGGAGGACGCCCUGCAGAAGGCCAAGCAGGACAUGGCGCGGCUACUGAAGGACUACCAGGAGCUCAUGAACACCAAGCUGUCUCUGGACGUGGAGAUCGCCACCUACAGGAAGCUGCUGGAGGGCGAGGAGUGCAGACUGAGUGGAGAAGGAGUUGGACCAGUCAACAUCUCUUUUGUCACGAACACCGUCUCCUCUGCCUACGGCGGUGGCGGCAGCUUUGGCGGCGGCUUUGGCGGCGGCAUCUGCGGUGGUCUUGGCGGUGGCCUUGGUGGAGGCGGCGGCGGCGGCGGCUUCUACUCCAGCAGCAGCGGGGGCGUCGGCCUAGGCGGUGGGCUCGGUGUGGGGGGCUCUGGCUUCAGUGCGAGCAGUGGCCGAAGCCUGGGCUUUGGCAGUGGCGGGGGCAGCAGCUCCAACGUCAAGUUUGUCUCCACCACCUCGUCCUCCCGGAAGAGCUUCAAGAGCUAAGAGCCUGCGGCAGGUCACUGUCUCCCAAGUGCAGAAGCCGGCCGUGGCAACAGCC